UUUUAAUCUUCCAGUUGCAGCAGGGAGAGUCCAUUGUUGAAUCCAAUCAUAGGUAGCAUCGGCAAAACGCCAAGGCAAACCCAUCUUCCCCUCUCAUCCUCCUCCUCCCCCUCCUCCUUUUGAGGCCAAUCUAGAGAGAGAAACUAUUCUAUAGGGGAGAGAGAGAGAGAGAGAGAGAGAGAGAGAGAGAGAGAGAGAGAGAGUGUGAUCUCCAUCAUUUGUUGCCCAUGUGCUAUGCGUAUCCAACUCUUGAAUCCCCAUAUACUUCUUCCUUCCGUUGAUUGCUUUUCCGUCACUACUAAUUUUAACUACUCCAGCUUUCUAGGGUUCCGAAACUCAUAAAGCUGAUCACCUCCCGCAGAGUUUUCCCUACGCCUAUACGUCUAUGCUGCAUAUAUCUACGUGUGUAAGGAAUCAUUCGCUUUUCUGCUGCUUCUGCUUUAUCAGAUUUCACUUCAAGGAAAGAGAGAGAGAGAGAAAGAGAGCUGGAAUAUGUAAAGAAAAUCUCGUCUGAUGUUCAACGGUCCUACUCUUAUUCCAAGGUUUCUAGAGAGAGAGAGAGAGUGUGCUAUUUUUAGGGGGAGAGAGAUUGGUUAACAGAAAAGUUGUACGUAUGUAUGUACUAUUAUAUAGGGGGGGAUUUUAGAGAGAGAAAUGUUGGCUCUGAUUGGGGGCGAAGCAGGUAAUAAUAAUAUGGAGAAGGAUUUCGAUUCGAAGCUGAGGAUUCAGAGCAAUUCGUCAUCGUCAAAUGGAGGUGGAAACGUGCAGAGAUCCAAGAGCUUUGCGUUUAGGGCACCGCAAGAGAGCUUCACCAUCCAGGACUUCGAAUUGGGCAAGAUCUACGGCGUUGGUUCGUAUUCGAAGGUUGUGAGAGCAAGGAAGAAAGACACAGGAAUGGUUUAUGCCUUGAAAAUCAUGGAUAAAAAGUUCAUUACCAAAGAAAAUAAAACUGCUUAUGUGAAAUUGGAGCGAAUAGUGCUAGAUCAGUUGGAUCAUCCAGGCAUUGUGCGGCUCUUCUUUACAUUUCAGGAUACUUUUUCACUAUACAUGGCACUUGAGUCCUGUGAAGGUGGAGAACUUUUUGACCAAAUAACCAGGAAAGGCCGUUUGUCUGAGGAAGAAGCUAGAUUUUAUGCAGCCGAAGUUGUGGAUGCUCUCGAGUACAUACAUAGUAUGGGAUUGAUACAUCGCGAUAUUAAGCCAGAGAACUUGCUACUCAAUACAGAAGGACAUAUUAAAAUUGCCGACUUUGGAAGCGUGAAGCCUAUGCAGGAUACUCGGAUUACAGUCCUUCCUAAUGCAGCAUCAGAUGAUAAAGCGUGCACCUUUGUUGGAACAGCCGCUUAUGUUCCCCCGGAAGUUCUAAAUUCUUCUCCAGCAACUUUUGGUAAUGACCUCUGGGCGCUUGGCUGCACCUUGUACCAGAUGCUUUCAGGGACUUCUCCUUUUAAAGAUGCAAGUGAAUGGCUUAUUUUCCAACGAAUUAUUGCCAGAGAUAUCAGAUUUCCAGCUUAUUUUUCUGAAGAAGCUAGAGAUCUCAUUGACCGGCUGUUGGAUAUCGACCCCAGCAGAAGACCAGGUGCUGGGCCUGAUGGUUACACUUCCCUAAAGACGCAUCCUUUCUUUAGAGGAGUUGACUGGAAGAAUUUAAGAGCGCAGGGACCUCCGAAAAUGGCUUCAGAGCAAAAGGUUCACUCAAGUGACAGUGACGAUGUUCAUGAUUCUUCUUGGAACCCUACGCACAUUGGGGAUGGUUCAGCUGGACAAAAUGAUGGAAACGGUGGCUCUGCAUCAUCUUCUGAAGCUGGCCAUGUAACUAGGCUUGCUUCAAUCGACUCCUUCGACUCAAAAUGGCAACAGUUUUUGGAGCCUGGUGAAUCCGUGCUUAUGAUUUCAAUGGUGAAGAAGAUUCAGAAACUAACAAACAAGAAAGUACAGCUUAUCCUCACAAACAAACCGAAGUUGAUUUAUGUAAAUCCUUCAAAGUUGGUGGUUAAAGGGAAUAUAAUCUGGUCUGACAGCCCUAAUGACCUUAACGUCCAAGUCAUGAGCCCUUCGCAUUUCAAGAUUUGCACUCCGAAGAAGGUUUUAUCGUUUGAGGAUGCAAAGCAGAGAGCCUUACAAUGGAAAAAGGCAAUUGAGGCCCUCCAAAACCGGUGAAUUCUGUUCGUGGUUUUGACAACACAUUCUUUGGAUGUAACAAUAGUGUAGAGCGACGCGGGGAUAUCCAUAAAACAGUCGGAUGCUCCCAAAUUUUUAUUGGAAGAAGAAGAAGAAGAAGGAUUCAAGUUGCAAAACCAGCUUUUCCGAGGUGCACACCUUCCACUUUCCGUUUACAACUAGAAACUGUUUUGUUUCUUCUUCAAGCUUUUGUAUUAGUACGAUUUUCUGGGAAGUCCUUUGUUGUAAGGUUUGCCCGGGGAUGUAUCAAUUACUUGUUUUUAUGUGAUUAUAAAUACACAAUCCACAUGGAAAUGAAAUCUCCCGAUUUUUUA